GUAGCGACGGACCACAAUGUGGACAACACUACAGCCAUCCUGCGUGACUGGCUCGUCAAGGUCCAAAAACUCUACCACUAUGUGGAGUGGAGGCCGCAGGAGGAGCCCACGUGAGUUCCUCUCAUGUUCACUUUAUAAACUGUGUGUCUUUCUGUAUCUAUCUGUGUCAUUUAUACAGGAGAGUUAACGCUUUACAUUUAUAAGUCAUUUAUAGAUAGUUAAUAUGUGAUUUAUAAACUACAUAUUAACUAAUAAUUACAAAUUACGUAUAAACCCUUAAUAUCCUCCUUAAAGACACCUUAAUGUGUAGUGUUACGGAGAGGCACCUUCAUGUAAAGUGUUACGGAGAGGCACCUUCAUGUAAAGUGUUACGGAGAGGCACCUUAAUGUAAAGUGUUACGGAGAGGCACCUUAAUGUAAAGUGUUACGGAGAGGCACCUUCAUGUAAAGUGUUACGGAGAGGCACCUUCAUGUAAAGUGUUACGGAGAGGCACCUUCAUGUAAAGUGUUACGGAGAGGCACCUUCAUGUAAAGUGUUACGGAGAGGCACCUUAAUGUAAAGUGUUACGGAGAGGCACCUUAAUGUAAAGUGUUACGGAGAGGCACCUUAAUGUAAAGUGUUACGGAGAGGCACCUUAAUGUAAAGUGUUACGGAGAGGCACCUUAAUGUAAAGUGUUACGGAGAGGCACCUUAAAGCGGCAAUCAGUGGUAAAAACAAUAACAAAGCGUCCUCCCCUCCCCUGUUUCGGUAUAAAGCUGAGGGAUGGGACUGGAGAAAUAUAACCACUCAAAUGUAUAGACAGAGCUAUGGAUGCAAGGACUGACCAUUCAUUAUAUCAACAUUAUAGUUUUAACCAUGUCGUGAGACUAUAUAGUGUUACAUUUGCUUUGUGUACAAACAUUGGAGUAAAACAAGCUUAUAUUUUGGGUUCUGAUGGUGUACAACUGUUGAACUAAGCUAACCAUUGAUUCUUGAAGAAUAUAGGCUAAUUUAUAAAUGCCUCAUAUUUAUAAAUUAGCCUAUAUUCCACAAGAAUCAAUGGGUAAGCCUACAUAUCAUUAAUUUAUAAGUCCAAAAAGUGAUGUUGCAACUGCUGAUUGCCCCUUUAAUGUAAAGUGAUACAAAGAGGCACCUGAAUGUAACGUGUCACCGGAGAGGCACCUGAAUGUAACGUGUCACUGGAGAGGCACCUGAAUGUAACGUGUCACUGGAGAGGCACCUGAAUGUAAAGUGUUACAGAGAGGCACCUUGCUGUAAUUGUUCCCAGAGAGGAGGUACUGAAUGUCCUGUUUGUUUAUGUUUUUACUCAGAGAGUACCAGGAUGCAGACAGCCCGAAGCAGUGGACCAACCUCCGCUACGCACACGUGAUGAAGCUGCGGCAGGCAGCACUGGACUCCGCGAGAGAGAUGUGGGCAGACUACUUCAUGGUACUUCUUUCUCCAGUCUCCAUGACGACCCCACCCUCUUUUACAGAUAAACAGGGUGCAUCCCAAACGGCACCCUAUUCCCUACAUAGUGCACUACUUUUGACCAGUGGGCCCAUUUGGGACGCAGUCAAGUCCCGCCCUAUUUUACAGAGACGCAGAGUUCUCCUUUUUUAGAACAAUAAAGCAAUAAGAGAACAGCAGGACUCAUGUUUUCCUAUCUCACUUCUGGUUUAGAGUAAACCAAUUCAUCUGGCUUGGUGAUACUAUUUACCAUUCUGGAACAAACCUGGCAGAAUCUUAAAUAUGACAGCUUUGAGUUCUAUUCUUUCACCCCUAAGUGUAGACACAUUGUCCAGGACUCGCAGGGGUAUAAUUUUGGGAUGGCGUGAAAACGCAGAUGAGGUAGUUUUGUUCUUUAAAUGUGCCUGUUGUCUUCAGUAAUGUUGUGCAAUUAGAACUGGGUUAAAAUAGAGCAGCUAAAGUUUAUGAAAGAAAACAAAUACUAUUUGAACCCAGGUCUGUGGCCAAUGCUGCCUCCUCAUUCUAACACUGAUUCUGGUGGCUGGACCGCUACAAUGACAUUGUUUACUAUUGUCUCUAGAGAGGUUUGAUGUUGCAGAGUGAUGUUUAAAGCUGGAAGAGGAUAAAGUGUCUCACUGUUCCCUCUCCCUUCCUUUGCUCAGUUCCAUCACACUCACACGCUCUUCCACUCUCCCCUGUCUAGGUGGUGGACUGUGAUAACCUAUUGACCAAUCCUAAUGUGCUGUGGAAGCUCAUCAAGGAGAACAAGACCAUUGUAGCUCCCAUGUUAGAGUCCCGUGCAGCCUACUCCAACUUCUGGUGUGGCAUGACCUCCCAGGUACGGUACUCUAUUUGUGUGGGUGGGUGUGUGUGCAUGCGGUCGUGUCCUCCCAGAUACUUUGUGUGCAUUAAAGCGAGAGCACAAUCACCUUGAUUGAAACGCUUAGAAGUGCUCAUCGUAUUCUAAACACUUCUCCCUCGUCUCUCUCUUCCUCCUCCAGGGUUACUAUAAGCGCACCCCGGCUUACAUCCCUAUGAGAAAGCAGGUGCGUAAGGGAUGCUUCGCGGUUCCCAUGGUGCACUCCACCUUCCUGAUUGACCUGAGGAAGGAGUCGUCACGCCAGCUGGCCUUCCACCCCCCUCACCCAGACUACAGCUGGGCCUUCGAUGACAUCAUUGUCUUCGCCUUCUCCGCUCGCAUGGCAGGUACUGUUAACAUGUUCUCUCUCUUUUGUCCUGUUUAGUAGCUUUCAUAUACAAUACAGCAUGAUAAUGAUUUGGUACACUUCAUUGUGUUUGCCAUCUACGCUCGCAUGGCAGGUAGGCCUACUGCUGUUAUUCUGUUCACAUGGCAGGUAGGCCUACUGCUGUUAUUCUGUUUACAUGGCAGGUAGGCCUACUGCUGUUAUUCUGUUUACAUGGCAGGUAGGCCUACUGCUGUUAUUCUGUUUUACAUGGCAGGUAGGCCUGCUGUUAUUCUGUUUUACAUGGCAGGUAGGCCUACUGUUAUUCUGUUUUACAUGGCAGGUAGGCCUACUGCUGUUAUUCUGUUUUACAUGGCAGGUAGGCCUACUGUUAUUCUGUUUUACAUGGCAGCUAGGCCUACUGCUGUUAUUCUGUUUUACAUGGCAGGUAGGCCUACUGUUAUUCUGUUUUACAUGGCAGGUAGGCCUACUGCGGUUAUUCUGUUUUACAUGGCAGCUAGGCCUACUGCUGGUAUUCUGUUUUACAUGGCAGGUAGGCCUACUGUUAUUCUGUUUACAUGGCAGGUAGGCCUACUGCGGUUAUUCUGUUUUACAUGGCAGCUAGGCCUACUGCUGGUAUUCUGUUUUACAUGGCAGGUAGGCCUACUGUUAUUCUGUUUUACAUGGCAGGUAGGCCUACUGUUAUUCUGUUUUACAUGGCAGGUAGGCCUACUGCUGCUAUUCUGUUCACAUGGCAGGUAGGUCUACUGCUGUUAUUCUGUUUUACAUGGCAGGUAGGACCUACUGCGGUUAUUCUGUUUUACAUGGCAGGUAGGCCUACUGCUGUUAUUCUGUUCACAUGGCAGGUAGGCCUACUGUUAUUCUGUUUUACAUGGCAGGUAGGCCUACUGUUAUUCUGUUUUACAUGGCAGGUAGGCCUACUGCUGUUAUUCUGUUCACAUGGCAGGUAGGCCUACUGCUGUUAUUCUGUUUUACAUGGCAGGUAGGAUCUACUGCGGUUAUUCUGUUUUACAUGGCAGGUAGGACCUACUGCGGUUAUUCUGUUUUACAUGGCAGGUAGGACCUACUGCGGCUAUUCUGUUUUACAUGGCAGCUAGGCCUACUGCUGUUAUUCUGUUCACAUGGCAGGUAGGCCUACUGCUGUUAUUCUGUUUUACAUGGCAGGUAGGACCUACUGCGGUUAUUCUGUUUUACAUGGCAGGUAGGACCUACUGCGGCUAUUCUGUUUUACAUGGCAGCUAGGCCUACUGCUGGUAUUCUGUUUUACAUGGCAGGUAGGCCUACUGUUAUUCUGUUUUACAUGGCAGGUAGGCCUACUGUUAUUCUGUUUUACAUGGCAGGUAGGCCUACUGCUGUUAUUCUGUUCACAUGGCAGGUAGGCCUACUGCUGUUAUUCUGUUUUACAUGGCAGGUAGGACCUACUGCGGUUAUUCUGUUUUACAUGGCAGGUAGGACCUACUGCGGUUAUUCUGUUUUACAUGGCAGGUAGGCCUACUGCUGUUAUUCUGUUCACAUGGCAGGUAGGCCUACUGCUGUUAUUCUGUUUUACAUGGCAGGUAGGCCUACUGCUGUUAUUCUGUUCACAUGGCAGGUAGGCCUACUGCUGUUAUUCUGUUUUACAUGGCAGGUAGGCCUACUGCUGUUAUUCUGUUUUAAAUGGCAGGUAGGCCUACUGUUAUUCUGUUUUACAUGGCAGGUAGGCCUACUGCUGUUAUUCUGUUUUACAUGGCAGGUAGGCCUACUGCUGUUAUUCUGUUUACAUGGCAGGUAGGCCUACUGCUGUUAUUCUGUUUACAUGGCAGGUAGGCCUACUGCUGUUAUUCUGUUUUACAUGGCAGGUAGGCCUGCUGUUAUUCUGUUUUACAUGGCAGGUAGGCCUACUGUUAUUCUGUUUUACAUGGCAGGUAGGCCUACUGCUGUUAUUCUGUUUUACAUGGCAGGUAGGCCUACUGUUAUUCUGUUUUACAUGGCAGCUAGGCCUACUGCUGUUAUUCUGUUUUACAUGGCAGGUAGGCCUACUGUUAUUCUGUUUUACAUGGCAGGUAGGCCUACUGCGGUUAUUCUGUUUUACAUGGCAGCUAGGCCUACUGCUGGUAUUCUGUUUUACAUGGCAGGUAGGCCUACUGUUAUUCUGUUUACAUGGCAGGUAGGCCUACUGCGGUUAUUCUGUUUUACAUGGCAGCUAGGCCUACUGCUGGUAUUCUGUUUUACAUGGCAGGUAGGCCUACUGUUAUUCUGUUUUACAUGGCAGGUAGGCCUACUGUUAUUCUGUUUUACAUGGCAGGUAGGCCUACUGCUGCUAUUCUGUUCACAUGGCAGGUAGGUCUACUGCUGUUAUUCUGUUUUACAUGGCAGGUAGGACCUACUGCGGUUAUUCUGUUUUACAUGGCAGGUAGGCCUACUGCUGUUAUUCUGUUCACAUGGCAGGUAGGCCUACUGUUAUUCUGUUUUACAUGGCAGGUAGGCCUACUGUUAUUCUGUUUUACAUGGCAGGUAGGCCUACUGCUGUUAUUCUGUUCACAUGGCAGGUAGGCCUACUGCUGUUAUUCUGUUUUACAUGGCAGGUAGGAUCUACUGCGGUUAUUCUGUUUUACAUGGCAGGUAGGACCUACUGCGGUUAUUCUGUUUUACAUGGCAGGUAGGCCUACUGCUGUUAUUCUGUUCACAUGGCAGGUAGGCCUACUGCUGUUAUUCUGUUUUACAUGGCAGGUAGGACCUACUGCGGUUAUUCUGUUUUACAUGGCAGGUAGGACCUACUGCGGCUAUUCUGUUUUACAUGGCAGCUAGGCCUACUGCUGGUAUUCUGUUUUACAUGGCAGGUAGGCCUACUGUUAUUCUGUUUUACAUGGCAGGUAGGCCUACUGUUAUUCUGUUUUACAUGGCAGGUAGGCCUACUGCUGUUAUUCUGUUCACAUGGCAGGUAGGCCUACUGCUGUUAUUCUGUUUUACAUGGCAGGUAGGACCUACUGCGGUUAUUCUGUUUUACAUGGCAGGUAGGACCUACUGCGGUUAUUCUGUUUUACAUGGCAGGUAGGCCUACUGCUGUUAUUCUGUUCACAUGGCAGGUAGGCCUACUGCUGUUAUUCUGUUUUACAUGGCAGGUAGGCCUACUGCUGUUAUUCUGUUCACAUGGCAGCUAGGCCUACUGCUGUUAUUCUGUUUUACAUGGCAGGUAGGACCUACUGCUGUUAUUCUGUUUUAAAUGGCAGGUAGGCCUACUGUUAUUCUGUUUUACAUGGCAGGUAGGCCUACUGCUGUUAUUCUGUUUUACAUGGCAGGUAGGCCUACUGCUGUUAUUCUGUUCACAUGGCAGGUAGGCCUACUGCUGUUAUUCUGUUUUACAUGGCAGGUAGGACCUACUGCGGUUAUUCUGUUUUACAUGGCAGGUAGGACCUACUGCGGUUAUUCUGUUUUACAUGGCAGGUAGGCCUACUGCUGUUAUUCUGUUCACAUGGCAGGUAGGCCUACUGCUGUUAUUCUGUUUUAAAUGGCAGGUAGGCCUACUGUUAUUCUGUUUUACAUGGCAGGUAGGCCUACUGCUGUUAUUCUGUUCACAUGGCAGCUAGGCCUACUGCUGUUAUUCUGUUUUACAUGGCAGGUAGGCCUACUGUUAUUCUGUUUUACAUGGCAGGUAGGCCUACUGUUAUUCUGUUUUACAUUACAUUUACAUUUUACAUUUUAGUCAUUUAGCAGACGCUCUUAUCCAGAGCGACUUACAGUUAGUGAGUGCAUACAUUAUUUUUUAUUUUUCAUACUGGCCCCCCGUGGGAAUCGAACCCACAACCCUGGCGUCGCAAACGCCAUGCUCUACCAACUGAGCUACACCCCUACACACUUACAUGGCAGGUAGGCCUACUGCUGUUAUUCUGUUCACAUGGCAGCUAGGCCUACUGCUGUUAUUCUGUUUUACAUGGCAGGUAGGCCUACUGCUGUUAUUCUGUUUUACAUGGCAGGUAGGCCUACUGCUGUUAUUCUGUUUUACAUGGCAGGUAGACCUACUGCUGUUAUUCUGUUUUACAUGGCAGGUAGGCCUACUGCUGUUAUUCUGUUUUACAUGGCAGGUAGGCCUGCUGUUAUUCUGUUUUACAUUGCAGGUAGGCCUACUGCUGUUAUUCUGUUUUACAUGGCAGGUAGUCCUACUGCUGUUAUUCUGUUUUACAUGGCAGGUAGGCCUACUGCGGUUAUUCUGUUUUACAUGGCAGGUAGGCCUACUGCUGUUAUUCUGUUUUACAUGGCAGAUAGGUUUACUGUGGUAAUUCAGAAUGGCUGCCUUUUAGAUCUGAGUUUUCCACAACAGUAAUGAAUAAGAUUAUAUGAACAGGGAGGACCUGUUUCUAGAUCAGCUCUUCGACUCCGAGGCACUUUGUGAAUAGGCCGAGGCUACAACUAUGUAGUUUUGGCCUCUGCCCCCGUACCACCCCUCUGGAAACGUAUUUCUCAAAUCUAAGGAUCUGAGUCACGUUCUGCGCAUGUGUUUGUUUUGCUGAAUUCCUGGGGGUUUAACGGACAGUGGUGAGUUCCCAGAGUCUGGUUGUUCUAAUUCCAUCCAUGGACAUAGUGUAUGCUUUGUGUAAGAUAUCUUAAUAUACUUUUGCAUAAAUACAUAAGUGUCAUGUUUUUGUUUUGAAAGUUUAUAUUUUGAGGCGUGACACAAAUAACCUCAUCUACAGUGUGAAUAGCCAUAGCAAAGCCAAAUGUAAAUGUUUGUAGAAAACUUGUCAUUAAUAACAAACUUAUUUUCUCCCUCUACACUCUACUCUUCCUCCGUCUUCCUCAGAUGUGCAGAUGUUCCUAUGUAACAAAGAGACUUAUGGGUAUUUCCCUGUGCCACUGCGAGCCCACAACUCCCUGACAGACGAAGCAGACAGUUUCCUGCAUUCCUUGUUGGAGGUCAAUGGUGAGUGUUAUGUCAUAUUGUCACAGGUCAAAAGGUAGUCGGCUCUCUCAUGUCCAUACUAGCAUAUACUAGCAUCCGAAUGGGCAAAAUUGGUUGAAAUGACGUCUUUUUGACAUCUCACUUGGUUACCACUUAGGAUGGAUGCUCAAUACAUUGCUUCAUUCUAAGUAGUAUGCCAGUGUGGAUAUCGGAACACAGCUGGAAGUUGAAGCUUUUCUCUCUUCUCUAACUAAUGUUACUGGUCGGCAUGUGAGAGUUGUUUAUCAUUCCUAUCAUUUUUAUCCUUUCUCACGUUAGUGCGGAACCCUCAUGUGCUGCCCUCGGAGUACAUCCCGGCCCCUAGAAAGAUACAAGACAAACUGGGCUUUGAUGAGGUGAGGAUAUGAGCCAGCUCAGAAUAUGGUUCUGAGUUCCUUAUUGACCCCUACACCCUAGGCCCACAUUGUCAAAUUAUUUCUAUGGAGGCCGAGUGUCUGCGGGUUUUCACUCCUCCCUUGUACUUGAUUGAUCAAUUAAGGUCACUGAUUAGUUAGGAAUGCCCCUAGGUCUUAAUUGGACACGAUUGAAAGGAAAUUAGAAACACCAGCAGACACUUGGCCCUCCAUGGAUUGAGUUUGACACCCCUGCCCUAGGCACUCCUGAAGAUGUGUAAGGAUCUAAUGGGUUUAAGCAAUAAGGCAAUUGCUUCACCAUGUCUUCUGGUAGGCUGGGUUGAAUUGUCACCACAUUUCAUACACCUAUCCAAUUGUUUCCGAGUGUCUAAGCGUAGCUGGCGUUUUGGAAUUUAUCACUAGAAUUCAAAAUGUCUCUUUUGUACCCUUCAGCUUUAAAUGUCUCCCUCUGUGGGUGUCAUGUGGUAUUGCAUGUAUUGACUCACUACCGUACAGUAAGGCCCGUGUAUUGCGUGUGUGUGCAGGUGUUCAUGAUCAACCUAAAGAAACGGACCGACCGGCGGGAUCGCAUGCUGAGGACUCUGUAUGAGCAAGAGAUUGCCUGCAAGGUCAUUCAAGCGGUAGACGGCAAGUAAGUUGACCCCUUUUUGAAGGCACUCUUCUCUCUGCACGUCAUAUACUUCAUGUAGCGUUACAGAUAGACUCAGUGAUGGCACAUCGUCAUACAAAGCAGAAGCUGCCCCAUUGUUUAUGAUGUCUUUAAGCGCUCAAAAUGACCCCACUGUUUAUGUCUUUAAGCGCUCAAAAUGACCCCGUUAUCUCUCUCUCCCUCUCUAUUUGUGUCUCUCUCUUUAUCUCUGUCUCUUUCUUUCUCCCUCAACCCCCUCUCUCCUGCCUCUCCCUCUUUCCCCCUCAGAGCAAUGAACAUCAGUGAGAUCAAUGCCCUGGGGAUCCACAUGCUACCAGGCUACAGUGAUCCAUACCACGGCAGGCCCCUCACCAAGGGAGAGCUGGGCUGCUUCCUCUCACACUACAACAUCUGGAAAGAGGUGUGAGCCCUGCAGUUGCAGGCCAGGGUAGUGUUCAGUAGGGAGAAAAUGUUUAGAAACAGGGGAGGUACUACCUGAACUUGUCCAAUAAUAGUUUUGCUACGGUGUGCUCCUAAUGAACACAGCAGGGUUGGGCUCAAUUCAUCAUAUUAUUGAGAAUGCCUCAAAUUCCAAUUCAAUUCUUGAAUUCAAUUUGAAUUUAAUUUGAAUUGAAAUAGUAAACCGGAUACAGAAUUGCAAUUCAAAUUUGAAUUAAACGAAAUAGAAUUUAAUUCAAUAAAAUUCAAAUGCCUCUUCUAUUCUACAGUACAUCUUGUACAUAAAACCUCAAACAUGUCAUGAUAUAGAGUACCAGUCAAAAGUUUGGACACACCUACUCAUUCCAGGGUUUGUCUUUAUUUUUACUAUGAAAUAACAUAUGGAAUCAUGUAGUAACAAAAAAGUGUUAAACAAAUCAAUAUAUAUUUUAUAUUUGAGAUUCUUCAAAUAGCCACGCUUUGUCUUGAUGACAGCUUUGCACACUCUUGGCAUUCUCUCAACCAGCUUCACCUGAAAUGCUUUUCCAAUAGUCUUGAAGGAGUUCAUAUGCUGAGCACUUGUUGGCUGCUUUCCUUCACUCUGCGGUCCGACUCAUCCCAAACCAUCUCAAUUGGGUUGAGGUCGGGGGAUUGUGGAGGCCAGGUCAUCUGAUGCAGCACUCCAUCACUCUCCUUCUUGGUCAAAUAGCCCUUACACAGCCUGGAGGUGUGUUGGGUCAUUGUCCUGUUGAAAAACAAGUGAUAGUCCUACUAAGUGCAAACCAGAUGGGAUGGCGUAUCGCUGCAGAAUGAUGUGGUAGCCAUGCUGGUUAACUGUGCCUUGAAUUCUAAAUAAAUCACAGACAGUGUCACCAGCAAAGCACCCCCACACCAUAUCACCUCCUCCUCCAUGCUUUACGGUGGGAAAUACACAUGCAGAGAUCAUCCGUUCACCCACACCGCGUCUCACAAAGCCACGGCGGUUGGAACCAAAAAUCUCUAAUUUGGACUCCAGGCCAAAGGACAAAUUUGAGAGAAGCUGGUUGAGAGAAUGUCAAGAGUGUGCAAAGCCGUCAUCAAGGCAAAGGGUGGCUAUUUUGACUGGUAGUGUACAUGCAGGACAAACUCUUAAAAUUAAUGUUCAAGGAAAACAAAACCUGUAAGCGAAUAACAUUGAACAAUAACAUUGACCUGUAUGCAAAUAAGUUAUUAUAUUUAAUUAAUCACUGAAACUUUGUUCAAUUUGGGGAAAAUACUAUAUUUCCCAGAAUGUAUUAGUUUAACCCUCAAGUUGACCCUGAGGCCUUCAAAAAGAAGCCAAAUAAAUUAAAUGGUUGUUGGAAAUAUAAUGAGCUACAGUGGGGGAAAAAAGUAUUUAGUCAGCCACCAAUUGUGCAAGUUCUCCCACUUAAAAAGAUGAGAGAGGCCUGUAAUUUUCAUCAUAGGUACACGUCAACUAUGACAGACAUAUUGAGAAUUUUUUUCUCCAGAAAAUCACAUUGUAGGAUUUUUAAUGAAUUUAUUUGCAAAUUAUGGUGGAAAAUAAGUAUUUGGUCACCUACAAACAAGCAAGAUUUCUGGCUCUCACAGACCUGUAACUUCUUCUUUAAGAGGCUCCUCUGUCCUCCACUCGUUACCUGUAUUAAUGGCACCUGUUUGAACUUGUUAUCAGUAUAAAAGACACCUGUCCACAACCUCAAACAGUCACACUCCAAACUCCACUAUGGCCAAGACCAAAGAGCUGUCAAAGGACACCAGAAACAAAAUUGUAGACCUGCACCAGGCUGGAAAGACUGAAUCUGCAAUAAGUAAGCAGCUUGGUUUGAAGAAAUCAACUGUGGGAGCAAUUAUUAGGAAAUGGAAGACAUACAAGACCACUGAUAAUCUCCCUCGAUCUGGGGCUCCACGUAAGAUCUCACACCGUGGGGUCAAAAUGAUCACAAGAACGGUGAGCAAAAAUCCCAGAACCACACGGGGGGACCUAGUGAAUGACCUGCAGAGAGCUGGGACCAAAGUAACAAAGCCUACCAUCAGUAACACACUACGCCGCCAGGGACUCAAAUCCUGCAGUGCCAGACGUGUCCCCCUGCUUAAGCCAGUACAUGUCCAGGCCCGUCUGAAGUUUGCUAGGGUGCAUUUGGAUGAUCCAGAAGAGGAUUGGGAGAAUGUCAUAUGGUCAGAUGAAACCAAAAUAGAACUUUUUUGUAAAAACUCAACUCGUCGUGUUUGGAGGACAAAGAAUGCUGAGUUGCAUCCAAAGAACACCAUACCUACUGUGAAGCAUGGGGGUGGAAACAUCAUGCUUUGGGGCUGUUUUUCUGCAAAGGGACCAGUUUGACUGAUCCGUGUAAAGGAAAGAAUGAAUGGGGCCAUGUAUUGUGAGAAUUUGAGUGAAAACCUCCUUCCAUCAGCAAGGGCAUUGAAGAUGAAACGUGGCUGGGUCUUUCAGCAUGACAAUGAUCCCAAACACACCCCCCGGGCAACGAAGGAGUGGCUUCGUAAGAAGCAUUUCAAGGUCCUGGAGUGGCCUAGCCAGUCUCCAGAUCUCAACCCCAUAGAAAAUCUUUGGAGGGAGUUGAAAGUCCGUGUUGCCCAGCGACAGCCCCAAAACAUCACUGCUCUAGAGGAGAUCUGCAUGGAGGAAUGGGCCAAAAUACCAGCAACAGCGUGUGAAAACCUUGUGAAGACUUACAGAAAACGUUUGACCUGUGUCAUUGCCAACAAAGGGUAUAUAACAAAGUAUUGAGAAACUUUUGUUAUUGACCAAAUACUUAUUUUCCACCAUAAUUUGCAAAUAAAUUCAUAAAAAAUCCUAAAAUGUGAUUUUCUGUUUUUUUUUCUUCUCAUUUUGUCUGUCAUAGUUGACGUGUACCUAUGAUGAAAAUUACAGGCCUCUCUCAUCUUUUUAAGUGGGAGAACUUGCACAAUUGGUGGCUGACUAAAUACUUUUUUCCCCCACUGUAUUCUAGUGAUAUAUUCUUUGGUAUCUUGAAGUGUGACCUGUCGGAUUCAAUGAAACUCUCAUGUUCUAUGACUGAGUGGUAUUUCUUUGAAUUGCACUGAAUUAAAUUAUACUUCCUGUCAAUCAAAUUCAACAUCCUGUAGGGUGUGGCCUAUUCAAUUAAAAUGUCAACUCAUGAGUUGAAUGGGAGUCAAUUCCAAAAUUCUGAAUUGAGCCCAACCCUGGAACACAGGCCUGGCUGUCACUCUCAGGUAUAGAUAUAGUCUACGACAGUUUCUUUGCGUCGUCUGAAUGUGAGGGUCACUGUUUUCUCUCUGUCUAUCUCUGUGUGUGUUCAGAUCGCAGAGCGGGGUCUGAAGAGUUCCUUGGUGAUCGAGGACGAUCUGCGUUUCGAGGUCUUCUUCAAGCGACGCCUGAUGAACCUGAUGACUGAAGUGGAGAGCCAGGGUCUAGACUGGGACCUGAUGUGAGUGUUUGAAAGACUGUAUAUCAUUCACUAUACACACUGGAUAUCCUCUAGUCUAGGUCAGUGAGUCUCAACCUCUGGUCCGGGGACCGGCAUUGGUCCCUGGCAUGUCGCUGGCCGAUCCCUCAGACAUAUGAUACAGUAUUUGGUUAGUUCUGAAGUGUUCAUUGUAAUGUUAGCAGUCCUUUUAAAAGAGUUAAGAACCCCUGAUAUAGCUUGCUGACUCAGCACUUACUGUCUACCCUUCCCAUGUGGUGUAAACUUUCUUCAUCUUUCUCUUCCCCAACUGUUCUUCCUCCCAGUUAUAUCGGCAGGAAGAGGAUGCAGGUGGACCGCCCUGAGAAGUCUGUGCCCAAUAUACACAACCUGGUGGAGGCCGACUACUCCUAUUGGACGCUGGGCUAUAUGAUGUCAUUACAAGGAGCCCAGAAACUGCUGAGGGCAGAGCCGUUGAAGAGGAUAUUACCCGUAGAUGAGUUCCUCCCUGUCAUGUUCAAUAAACACCCUGUGUAAGUUUACCCCUAUCUGUCGCACGCUUUCUCUCUGUGUCUUUCUGUCGCCUGUCUCUCCAGGUAAAUCUCAAAAGUAUUUUGAGUCCUCUCUUCUCGCCUCCUUUUCAAAGCAACAGCAGGAAACGAAGGGAGCAUCAGAGGAGAAAGAUAUUCUCUUCCGAAGCUCCCUUCACUCCCCUUCACGGUUUGAGGAGGCGGCGAGGAGAGAAGAGACAAGGAAUCAAGGAAAAGACUUGAGAUUCACCCCUUUUCACCUAAUCCUCUUUUCAAUGUAUCCCUUGACAUCUGUAUCUCCUCUCUCUCUUACCUCUCUCUCCAGCACGGACUACAUGGAGCAGUUUGAGGAGCGGGACCUGAAGGCCUUCUCGGCCGAGCCUCUGCUAGUGUUCCCCACUCACUAUACAGGAGAUUCGGGCUACAUCAGCGACACAGAGACCUCCGUGGUGUGGGACAACGAGAAGGUGCGUACGGACUGGGACCGGGCCCGCUCGGGGAAGACCCAGGAGCAGGCGGAGAUCAGCACCGAGGCCCAGAACUCUGACGUACUCCAGUCACCUCUGGACAGCACAGCCACACGGGACGAACUA